AUGAUAGGGAACGAUUAUUCUGCUUUAUACGAACCACUUAUCCAGCAAACUCAAAGCUAAUAGAUUAGAAAGCUAACCAUUCUUGCAAUUACUAUUGUAACUCUAAUUGCUUUUGCCCUCGCAUAAAUAUUUGGAUAAUCUGUUUAACAAGACUUUCUUGGAGCUUAAACUAAAAAUCUUGCAGCAGGAGUUUCUUAGUAAAUUAAUGCUCCAGGCUAAAACUUAAUUGAUAUAUAUGUCGACAAAAAUUUAACCAUUGAGCUUACCUAUAAGUUUCCACUCAGCAAUACUUAUAGUAUCUCUGGAGUGUAAGACGCAGCUCUCGACAGUAAUGGAAUUAUCUACGCAAUUGCAACCUAAGAUUUAAGUAAUGAUUAAUACAAGCGAUUCGGUUCUAUUGCAAAAUUCUAUUCCAAAUAGCUUUAUAAAAAUAUUGAAAUUUACUAAGAUAAACCAGUCCUUGUAAAAUAAAAUGGUAUAUUAGAAAGCUUCAAUUAGCUAUGUGUUUAACAAAUUAGCGCUGGAUAGAAUAAUAGUGGGGGUCUAUUUGCCUUGAGUUGUGGUUAGCAAAAUGAUUCACUCUACUAAGUAAUGAGAUGGAGCAAAGGUCUAAAUAAAUGGGAAAAGAUUGGAAAUGUACUUGCCGAAAAGAUUGCUGCUUAUUCUUAUGAUGUUGUCUUUAUAUAUAGAUAGUCAAGCAUAUUUGAACUUACUAUUAAAAAUUGA